AUGGCUUCCGAAGAUUCCCUACACCACGUUGUGUGUACCUACAAAAAGGAAAAGCUACUGAGUGCAAUUCACGAGGUAACGUAUCUCUUCCAGAAAUGGCCUCAGAAGAUUGCGGUUAUCUGCUCUCGUGGUCCACAAGAUGUCCCCAUGGGCCGCGAUUCAGACCUCAGCCAACUGGCUAGUUACUGGGAAUCAAGGAGGCCCAAGGACAGUAAAAAAGAUUUGAAACAUCUGAUCGGCCCCGGUAAGCCGGUUGCGAGGUUGCCUGCAGGAGCAUCGAAGUAA